GGUCGCUGGCGGCUGGAGCCAGUCCCAACUUACAUCGGGCAAAGGCGGUGUACACCCUGGACAGAGAAGGAGACGAAGAAAUGGACUAAAACGCCAUCGCUGUCCGCACUGUGACAAAUCCUUCACAUCUGGAUAUUUGAAGAUUCAUCAGCGAGUUCACACUGGAGAGGAACUGUACAGCUGUGACCAGUGUGGGAAAACUUUCAUUACAUUAGGUGUCCUGAAAAUCCACCAACGUGUUCACACUGGAGAGAAACCGUACUGGUGUGAACAGUGUGGAAAAACUUUCACUCAAUCAAGUGCCCUAAAACUCCACCAACGUGUUCACACUGGAGAGAAACCGUACUCGUGUGAACGGUGUGGAAAAACCUUCGCUCAAUCAGGUCACCUAAAAAUCCACCAACGUGUUCACACUCGAGAGAAACUGCACUCGUGUGAACUCUGUGGAAAAAAUUUCAGGUCAUCAGGUCACCUAAAAAUCCACCAAUGUGCUCACAGUGGAGAGAAACCAUACCGCUGUGACCAGUGUGGAAAAACUUUCACUCAAUCAGGUGCCCUAAAAAUCCACCAACGUGUUCACACUGGAGAGAAACCGUACUCGUGUGAACAGUGUGGAAAAACUUUCGCUCAAUCAGGUCACCUAAAAAUCCACCAACGUGCUCACAGUGGAGAGAAACCGUACUCGUGUGAACAGUGUGGAAAAACUUUCGCUCAAUCAGGUCACCUAAAAAUCCACAAACGUGUUCACACUGGAGAGAAACCGCACUCAUGUGAACUGUAUGGAAAAAAUUUCAGUUCGUCAGAUAUCUGUAAGAAUCACCAAUGUGUUCACACUGGAGAGAAACCGUACUGGUGUGAACUGUGUGGAAAACAUUUCGCUCAAUCAGGUGCCCUAAAAAUCCACCAACGUGUUCACACUGGAGAGAAACCGUACGCGUGUGAACAUUGUGGAAAAACUUUUAGUCGAUCAGGUGACCUAAAAAACCACCGGCGUGUUCACACUGGAGAGAAACCAUACAGGUGUGAACAGUGUGGAAAAACUUUCAAUCGAUCACAUGUCCUAAAGAAGCACCAACGUGUUCACACUGGAGAGAAACCGUACUCGUGUGAAAAGUGUGGGAAAACUUUCAGUCGAUCAGAUCUCCUAUAUAAGCACCAACGUGUUCACACUGGAGAGAAACCGUACUGGUGUGAACAGUGUGGAAAAACAUUCAAGACAUCAGAUAGCCUAAAAUACCACGAACGUGCUCACACUGGAGUGAAACCAUUCAGCUGUGACAAAUGUGGCAAAUCUUAUACCAAAAGAAGACCCCUUACAAGACACAAAUGCAUUGACAAAGCAUCAGUGUGACAUUUUUCACAGAGCCGAGCUAAAUAGCAAAAUUAAACUGCAGUACCCGGGUUUCGACCAGUAGAGGGCAGUCACUGCAUUUCAGAAUCAGCUUUAUUGCCAGGUAUGUGUACACAUAUGAGGAAUUUGACUCUGGAUUGUACAUUGCUCACGAUGUGCUUACUUAUACAAUAAGACAAAAAUAAUCAAACACAGGCUGCAGUAUAGAGAACCCAUAUAUACAGACUGGACUAAACCGACAGAUUGAGCGAAUAGUGUAGUGAGCUGAGUACAAAGGACACAGACAUGCAUACAUAUACAUAGUGUGAUGAGUGCAAAGGAUGCUGGAAUAAAGAAUUAUGUGCAGGUGUUAUUUACAAGAGGUAGUUGGAUUUGGUAUACAGUAUAUACAAUAUGAACAGGUCUGAAAUAGAAUGAUCAAUGUAUAAUAAGUGGUAACCAGUAAACAGGUGCUGAUUAGAGACAGAGUUACUGGGUUAUUGCACAGGAAUUGUUCCUGACACUGAGAGUCAGAAAUCUCAAUCAGAAAUGUGAUGUUCCCCAGUCUCACCUGCUGCCUCCUGUCAGUCAGGAAGUUUGUGAUCCACUGACAGGUGGAGGCUGGCACGGUGAGCUGGGUGAGUUUGGUGCUGAGG